AUGUCUGCCGAAGAUCAGGUGAAAUUGAACGAUUUCGGGAACAUCUUCUCGCUUGAGGGGAAGGUCGCCGUUGUAACCGGUGGAUCGCGCGGACUAGGUCUCCACGCAGCCUCAGGACUUCUUCAAGCAGGAUGCUCAAAGGUCUACAUCACCUCUCGCAAAGCCCAAGGAUGUGACGAAGCCGUCGCUGCACUCAAUGCAUUGCCCAAUAAGCGACCAGGAGCUAAGGCAAUUUCAGUCCCAGCUGAUAGCGCUAAGAUGGAAGAGCUGGACCGACUAGCCGCUGAAAUUAGCAAAACGACUGACCACGUUGAUAUCCUAUUUGCCAAUGCAGGUGCAACUUGGGGCGAGAAGUUCGAUACACACCCUGAGAAAGCAUUUUCCAAGGUGAUGGAUCUUAACGUGAAGAGUGUUUUUUAUACCAUUCAAAAACUCACACCUCUCCUAACAGCAAAGGCUACCCUGGAAGACCCGUCACGAGUUAUCAUUACCGCCUCUGUGGCUGGAAUCGGGAUUGGUACGAUCGGAGAGAACGCAACACCCAGUUACUCCGUCUCCAAGGCUGCUGCCAUUCAUCUUGCUAAGAACCUGUCUGUUGAGCUUGGGCCGAGACACAUAUUGACGAAUGCUAUUGCACCGGGAUUUUAUCCGUCUAAGAUGGCUAGUGGACUGAUUGAGCUUAAGGGUGGGUUUAAAGAGCUGGAGCAGUACUCGCCUAACCUCCGUUUGGGACGGCCGGAAGAUGUUGCAGGGUUGGUGGUGUUUUUGUCAUCGAGGGCUGCGGGUCACAUUAAUGGUGCCGUGAUUACGACUGAUGGUGGUGCUGUUCAUAAAGGACGUCUUUAA